AUGUCUUCUGCCGAGAAGAACUAUGAAAUCCAUGACAAGGAGCUCCUAGCUGUGGUCGCCUGCCUUACUCAGUGGCGACACAUGCUAGCUGGACUACUGAGCCAACUGGUCAUCCUUACUGACCAUGAAGCCCUCAAGUACUUCAAGUCACAGAGACACAUCACAGGUCAACAGGCUCGAUGGGCCAUACUACUAGCAGACUUCGACUUCACAUUGCAGUAUCGACCAGGAGACAAAGGUGGUGAACCCGAUGCUCUCACCAGAAGGACUGACAUGCAACCAGCUGGUGAAGAGCAGGAUCACAAUGUGAGGCAACUACUGCCUCCUCGAGUGUUCAAGGAGACAGCAGACCAUGACUCAACCCUAGUGGCCCCUAUGCUCUCGAUGGAGUCCAUAGCAUCAAAAGGUCUCAAAGACCUGGUCAAGAUCUUCCAGCCCUUAGACCAAGAGCUACAGGAGAUACAUAGGAAGAAGCCCUUCAAACUCAAGGACGACCUAUGGUACAGUGGAGGAAGGUUGGUUAUCCCCAAAGUAACCAUGCCAGGGAGGACCAACAACCGACACUCAAGGAGUGCCAAAGAGGUAGAUGGACAGUCUCUCUCUGUAGAGCAUCUGCGAUUCAUGGUGAUGACCCAAUGCCAUGAUGGUAUUACUGCUGGACACGUAGGAAGAGAUGCUACCAUCAAGGCAGCUCAACGACAUUACUGGUGGCCAAACAUGACAGCUUGGAUUGCAGACUAUGUAGCAAGUUGUCCUGUAUGUGCUAGGUACAAAGCUCCUCGCCACCAUCCAUAUGGUUUGCUACAGCCACUAGCAACACCAGACAGGCCCUGGGGCUCCAUAUCCCUCGACUUCAUUGAAGGACUACCACCAUCGAAGAAGUAUGACUCCAAGACCUAUGACUCUAUCUUAGUCAUUGUUGACCGGUUAACCAAGUUUGCCAUACUAGCUCCAACCCAUAAGACGGUCAUGGCCAAACAGACUGCAGUGUUGCUAUAUGGACACAUGGUUAGACUCUUCGGAUAUCCAGAUCACAUGGUCUCGGACCGAGGCAGGCAGUUCAUAUCAGGAGCAUGGAAGGCAUUUGCAGAGCAAAUGGGUGUGAAGCACUCACUUAGUAUGGCUUACCAUCCUCAAACUGAUGGUCAGACAGAGAGAGUCAAUCAGGUCAUAGAGCAAUACCUCAGGAUGUACUGCAACUAUGAACAGGAUGACUGGGCCAACCUGCUGGACACUGCAGCCUUUGUAUACAACAACACGGUCCACAACAGCAUUGGUGUCUCACCAUUCUUUGCAUGCUAUGGAUGGAACCCCAAAGCUCAUCCUGACAUCCCUCAACGACUAGGAGUCAAUGAUCCAGGUCGCUUCAAGUACCUCAUGGAUGGAAAGGAGCAUUGCAAGUACCUCCAGGAGCAGAUCAGAGAGGCACAACGGAGAUCAGUAGACCAGUAUAACAGGAAGCACAAGGACAUUGAGUUUAAGGUGGGUGAUAUGGUCUAUAUCAACUGUCGAAACUGGAAGACAUGGAGACCCACACCCAAGUUAGAUACCCGGUUUGCAGGACCCUACCCAGUUCAGGAACGGCCAGCAAGAACAAGUUCUCUUCCUCAACGUGCUGAACAGCCCACCAUACCAUCACUUCCAGAUGAGGACCUCGACUUCGAAGUCGAAGCACUCAUCGACAAGCGUUCACACAAUGGGACUACAGAGUACAAGGUGUUGUGGAGAGGGUACUCAGAGGAAGCUGCUUCAUGGGAACCAGUAGAGAACCUCAACUGUCCCGACCUCAUCCAGGAGUAUGAGGUGUCGGAGGGGGGACGAGUGAGUAGACAAAGUAGAGAAAGGAGGAGAGAACAGGAGGAGUAG